UUAAGCCAAGUUUUUCUUAAACGCGGACAGUUCUGUGUGCACUGGUACACAAACAAAACCGGCACCGGACCUCUCUGCGCAGCUGCUUAAUCGUCCAAGGAGAACUCCACUCAUCAACCCAAUUCCCCCUUCUCGACGCUCAGCUACUCUUUCAGGGGAUCAAAAAUGGUUGCAGGCGUGGAUCUAUCGGGCAUUCAGAUGAGGAAUGGAAAUGGAGUAAGUAGCCAUGUGAAUUCGAGCGAGCGGUUGUGUGUGGACCUCCAGAAUGGCGGGUCAGUGGACCCCUUGAACUGGGUGAAGGCCGCCAGGGCUUUACAGGGGAGCCACUUUGAGGAAGUGAAAAGAAUGGUGGAGUCCUUCUUCGGAGCCAAGGAGGUGUCCAUUGAAGGGAAAUCGUUGUCUAUUGCUGACGUGGCGGCCGUGGCGAGGAGAGCAGACGUUAAGGUGAAACUAGACGCGGCCACGGCCAAGUCCAGAGUAGAGGAGAGCUCCAACUGGGUGAUGAACAACAUGGUGAAGGGUACCGACACGUAUGGGGUCACCACCGGAUUUGGGGCCACCUCUCAUAGGAGAACCGACCGGGGGGCGGAUCUUCAGAAGGAGCUCAUCCGGUUUCUUAACGCCGGUGUUUUUGGUAAGGAGGAGAACGUUCUCCCCACUGAUACGACCCGCGCCGCCAUGCUUGUCCGUACAAAUACUCUGAUGCAAGGCUUCUCCGGUAUCCGGUGGGAGAUUUUGGCGGCCAUUCAGGACUUUCUGAAUGCAGGGAUCACGCCCAAGAUGCCCCUGAGGGGCUCCAUCACGGCAUCCGGUGACCUUGUUCCUUUGUCUUACAUUGCUGGCCUGGUGACCGGCCGCCCCAAUUCCAGAGCCGUGACCCAGGACGGGAAAGAGCUUACUGCACUUGAGGCUCUUAACCGGAUCGGACUGGAGAAACCGUUUGAACUCCAGCCUAAGGAAGGAUUGGCCAUUGUUAAUGGGACCUCCGUUGGGGCUGCCCUGGCUUCUAUUGUUUGCUUUGAUGCUAAUGUGCUGUGCCUCUUGGCUGAGACCACUUCUGCCAUGUUCUGUGAGGUCAUGCAGGGGAAGCCCGAGUUUACAGACCCGCUGACCCACCGGCUUAAGCACCACCCUGGACAAAUGGAAGCUGCGGCUAUCAUGGAGUAUAUUCUUGAUGGCUCCUCUUACAUGAAAGCUGCUGCUAAGAAGCACGACACCAACCCGCUGCAGAAGCCCAAGCAGGAUAGGUACGCUCUGCGCACAUCCCCACAAUGGCUGGGCCCACAGGUGGAGAGCGUACGGGCAGCGACGCGCAUGAUAGAGCGCGAGAUAAACUCAGUGAACGACAACCCAGUGAUCGACGUAGCCCGCGACAAGGCACUUCACGGCGGCAACUUCCAGGGCACCCCCAUCGGAGUCUCAAUGGACAACCUCCGCUUGGCCAUCUCCGCAAUUGGAAAGCUCAUGUUCGCCCAGUUUUCAGAGCUUGUCAACGACUUCUACAACAACGGCCUCCCUUCCAACCUCAGCGGCGGACCCAACCCCAGCCUAGACUACGGCCUCAAGGGCGCCGAAAUCGCCAUGGCCUCCUACACAUCGGAGCUUCUCUACCUCGCCUCCCCCGUCACUUCCCACGUCCAGAGCGCCGAGCAGCACAACCAGGACGUCAACUCUCUCGGCCUCAUCUCCGCCCGCAAAUCCGCCGAGGCGGUGGACAUCCUGAAGCUGAUGAGCGCCACGUACCUAACGGCUCUCUGCCAGGCCGUGGAUCUCCGCCACCUGGAAGAAAACAUGCUGGCAACCGUCAAAACCGUGGUCUCCACCGUGGCCAAAAAGACGCUCAUGAGCGCCCACAAUGGCGAGCUCCUCGACAGCCGCUUCUGCGAAAAAGAGCUCCUCCAGGUGGUCGAAAGUGUACCGGUUUUCGCUUAUAUCGAUGAUCCAACAAGUCCCCAGUACCCGUUAAUGCAGAAUCUCAGGCAAGUUCUUGUUCGCCGGGCUAUAGAUGACUCGAAUUCUUUCGUUUUCAACAAGAUCCCCGUUUUCGAGAAAGAGCUGAACGAGGCGCUGGAGUCUGAAGUGGCUCGGGUUCGCCAUGAGUUUUACGAAAAGGAAGCCCCCGCCUUGGGAAACAGAAUCCAUGACUGCAGAUCUUAUCCGCUAUAUCAUUUCGUGAGGAAUGAGGUGGGCACCCGUUUGUUGUGCGGUGAAAGGGCUGCUUCCCCUGGUGAGUACAUUGAAAAGGUUUAUGCUGGCAUCUGCGCAGGGAAAGUGAUCGAUCCUUUGAUUAAGUGCUUGGAUGGAUGGAAUGGAACCCCUGGCCCUUUCCCCACAGCUUGAUCAUCAUGUAUACUUACCUAUCUACCUUUACUUGAAUGAGGGAGUAAUAAUGUACUAGGUGACCAUGUUGAAUAAUGUGAGGGGAAUGAAUGGUUCAAUAUGUUUUGAAAUUUUCUAAAUAGGAGACAAAAUUCCCUGCUUUGCCUUCCCCACUUGGGUCUUGGUAAGUGGCUGACCCUCUUGUACAGUUUUGUUUUUGAGUUUGAAAGGUGUGAUUCCAAUGACACGAGAUUCUAAAAAUAAAGUUGGGUUUUUUUCA